AGGAGUGCACCCAAGCUCUCACCCAGAGAGCAGCCUGAUCUCGGAGGGCUCUGGGGAACCAAACAAGACCCCCACCCACCGCGGCGAGCAUCCAGGCAUCCAGGGUGGGACCCUUCCCGUCCCACCUCCUUCUCAGAGCCGUCCCUCCAGUCCAUCGCAGGGACGUGGCUCGAGGGUGGUGAGAAUUCUGCGGGCGCCGUGGGGGCCACGCGGGUCCUGGCCCCGACGGCGCCCAGAAGACCUAGGAGAGCUGUCCCGGGCCGAUGUCCCAGGUGAGCGGUCAGUGCCCUGCUCUGUGCGACGCGCCCCAUGGAGUCCCCAGCGCUACCCUGGACCCAGCCCAGACCAUGUCCCUCCUCCCUGGGCUGGAGGUAGCAGCAGGAUCCACUCACCCUGCAGACACAUCAUCAGAAGAGGGCUCCCCAGAGGAGGUGGUACCCUGCAUGCCCCAAGACAGUGGUCCUGGGGCUCACCAGGCUCUGAACAGCACUGACCUCGAUGUUCACACAGAAGCUGUGACAUGCCAGCCUCAGGGGAACCCCUUAGGCUGCACCCCACUACUGCCAAACGGCUCCGACCAUAGCCACUCCUCAGAACUGGGCAGUGCUGGGCAUGCGGGGAACGGUGCCCCGGGAGGCCCCAAGGCCCACCGGAAGUUGCAGACACACCCAUCUCUGGGCAGCCAAACUGGGAGGAAGAGCAAAGGCAGCACUCGGUCAACUUCCCAGGUCCCCCUCCAGGCACAGGAAGACUGCUGCGUCCACUGCAUCCUGUCCUGUCUGUUCUGUGAGUUCCUGACACUCUGCAACAUCGUCCUGGACUGUGCCACGUGCGGUUCCUGCAGCUCCGAGGACUCCUGCCUCUGCUGCUGCUGCUGCGGCUCCGGCGAGUGCGCGGACUGCGACCUGCCCUGCGAUCUGGACUGUGGCAUUGUGGAUGCCUGCUGCGAGUCGGCAGACUGCCUGGAGAUCUGCAUGGAAUGCUGUGGACUCUGCUUCUCGUCCUGAUGCCACAGAGCAGCCCCAGAGCUGACACACGAAGCUUGACACCUCCCCUGACCCCAGGGCCCCCUCAGAAUCCCAGCCCAGAUGUGAGAAGGUGGGAUGGCCAGAGGAGCCAUCUCAGCCGCAGAACAGGUCCGUUACCGACAAGCCUGCUCUCCUCGGUGGGUGACGUGGUGUCUAGAACCUGGUAAGACAGGACCAGUUAGCUCCCAGGACUCCGAACACUGUGAACGCAGAGGAGGGGCAGGAAUGGGAGGCCUCUGUCCUUCUCUACCUCUGCUCCAGGUGUCCGCCUCCCUCGGCUACCCCAGCUCGGAAGACAGAAAAUGUGAAAAGACACCUGCCCGGCCCACGUCAGCCCUUACCCUCCUCCCCAGCUCCUUUGCUGGGCUCUUAUAGGAGCCUGAUCCGUACAGUGACCCAAGAGG